GAGCUGUGUUCACCUCUGGAAAAGUCAGUCAAGUUCAGUCCAGCACCAGAGGCAGGGCUGAGUCAGCCUUCAGGAACUAGGAAGUGUUUUCAUCCCCCUGAUCCAACGCUAAAUACGGCAGUGGACAGAAGCAGAAAUGUCAGCAUCGGCUUCACAGUCAGCAGAGCUGAGGCUAGUGGUGCUGGGCCGGCCCGGGGCAGGAAAGAGAUCAGCAGUCAGCACCAUCCUGGGCCUGGAAGACUCUGAGCAGGGCACAAAUGCGGCUGCCACCCAGGAGUGCAGUAAACACCGAGGAGAGGUUGCAGGCAGAAAGGUGGUGGUAGUCUCCAGUCCAGCCUGGUUCGGCUCAGGCUGCAACCCAGAGGAAAGGAGAAAACACAUCUCCUCCUUUAUCACCUUAUCCAGCCCAGGGCCACAUGCCUUCCUGCUGUGUGUCCCUGUGAACCAGCCAGCUGAUGAGGAGGCCAAGUCGUUGGAUGUCCUGAUGAAGCUGUUUGGUCCCUCUGCAGUCAGCAGUAAUACCAUCAUACUCUUCACCCACAUGGAGGAGCUGGAGGAGGACGAGAAGCUGGAUGAAUACCUGGUCACAUGGCGUAAAGACCUCCAGGAACUGGUGGAAAGAUGUGGUGAGCGCUACCACACCUUGGAAACCUGCAGUGGAGAACCAGGGGAGAGGAAAGCUGUCGAGGAGCUUCUGGAGAAGGUUGAGCAGAUAGUGAGGGAGAGUGAGUCACAACACUUGAGCUGCCCUCUGUACCAAGAGGUUGAGGAAAGAGUGAGAGAGAGGCAGGUAGAGAUUGUGAGACAGAGAAAAGCAGAGGAGUUAAAAAAUGACCAGGAGUCUCCCACAGACUCAGAACCAGAGGAAAAUGUUACAGAAGAAGAAAUGGAGGCAGUCCGUGAAGAGGCAGAGAGGAGCAUAGGUGACCUGAACGUGGAUAUCGAUAGUAUUUUCCCUCCUUCCACUGUCUCACCUUCCUCUCCUGUUCCAUUCUUUCUCUUGGGCCUGUGGGAGAAGCUGACAAGCUGGGUGAGUUGGUUGCCUAAUCUGGUGAGAAGGGAGGCCCUGUUUGGAGCUCUGGUCGGCCUGUUUGUGGGAGGGCCGGUUGGGGGUAUGUUGGGGGCUACUGUGGGAUCAGUGGCUACUGAGGUGGGGAGAAGAAAGACACAGCAAAAUAAAUGAGAGAUAAGCACAUAAUACUGUAUUAUACAUUAAGUUGCACCUUAAAGUCAUUUCACUGUGUUCAGCAAACCAGUGUAUCACUGUGCUAUGGCCUUACCAUCUACCACUUGUCAAUAUAGUAUUUAUGCUUUACCACUAAACUCCAGUACUUAUUUUCUAUUUAAGAAUGGUUACCACUCUCUGUAUUAUUUGAUGGCUUUAUUAAUGGUUAAGGAAUCUUGCCUCAUAGAUCAGUAAUAACCCCUCAACGAGAACAAUGUCUGGGUUGCCAGGUUUGUAAAAAAUCCUCUUGGCUGGUGUAUAUCCUCCUCUAGUCUGACAGUAAGUCAGCUGUCUUUUCAGUCAGCUUAGUAAUUCAUCUUGAUGAUUCAACUCAAGAAGUUCUAAAUGUAAAUGAUUAAAAGAGUUCUCUUCCACUACAUUAAAAUUUGGCAAAGCAAAUGUUGUUAAACCUGCAAUAACUGAUUUUUUUGGCCACUCGGGGGCAGCAGAGGGGGAAACGAGCUGUAAACACAACACUGACAUAUUGCCUUUUCAGUUUAUAUAAUAUUAUAUAUUAAUUCUUAUAUUAAAGUCCAAUAUCCACUCUCUGUUAGCUCUGUCUUCAGCAGCUCCUGUAAGUUUAUACUAUAGCUAUAUUGCCAACACUAACAUUAACAGCUCCUUGCCUAAGACAAGAGGUUAGAAUUCACCCUCUGGGCAACACAGUUUCUGAGGGCAGACUGGACACUACAUUGACUCACUAAUACAAAGUGGCAUUAUAAGACCAGAUGGGACAAAGCUAUCUUGUUAGCAUGCUAACUUCAGUAGAAGUAUAACAUUGAUGUUGCUUUCCCACACUGGAGACAGCUUGUGGCGAGUAAAGGAAUGAAGUUUGAUGCUGAACGUUCCUUCUAGGCUGUUAAUGCUAACAUUGGCCAUGCAACAAUAGCAAAAACAUACAUAUAGCACCUUUAAUGCUCCACUAUGUUCAUUAGCUAGUGACUAAUUUUGUUUAUCUUCUGUUUGGUGCAGGGCAUAUAGGGUACAGUGGAUAUUAGAGAUUUUCCCCUGAAAACAGCUGCCUUCUGUGGUAUAAAACAAUUCUGAGAGAGUGAAGUAGAACAUUAAUUUGCAGUGCAAAAAGGACGCAAUGAGUUUAAAGAAGUUAAAGCUCUGUAGAGCUGAGGUAAAAUGCAGCAUCAGGUAAUAAUUAUCUGUGGGUUUGUCACUACAACCAACACCUUUCAAAUUACAUGUGGUCAUUUGGUCCAUUGUUUGUACAAAACACUAACAGAGAAUUAAAACAUAGUGUCAUACGGUUGGAAGAUAUCCAACAACCAAAUAGAUUCUUGACUACCUGGCAUCCAAGCUGUCCUCAUGAGAGGCUAAUUAGUGAUCCAUAAAGAACUUCAUUCAUUAACCAUUAAAGUGUUGAGUUACAACUGUCAAACACUUUUUAGCCUUUUGGGGAAGGUGUACCAAAGAUGAUUAUAACACUUAGAGACUCUUAAGAGGCAAUACCAGGACACAUCCACAUGGUGGAGACAUUGACCUUAGUAUUGGAAAAAUUUAAACGUUUGAAGGUGAACUGAGCGAUACUUAUUUCCUGCUUACCAAGCAAAUAAAAACUGCUGUUUUAAGAAUA